GUGUUAAUGCCGCGCAGGUCAGUGCUCCACGUCCUCCGUAGAUCUGGAGACGGACUCGGCCACAGACUCGGAGCUGCGUGAGGGCAUGCUGGGACGAACCGUGGAGGCCGAUAUGGACGACAGAGGUCUGGAGACGCCCAUCUUCUGUAUGGACAGCAAGACCAACGAGAGCUCGUGCCCCUCAUGGCUGCAGAAGGAGCUGCUGGAUGCUGAGUUCAUCCCGAUGCCCGACGAUUCCCAGGACUCCAUCGAGCCGCUGACGAAGCCCUACAUCGAGAGCGCCACGCUGCCCUACGAGGAGCUGGACCAGAUCAAAGCCACCGCCACCGCCACGGGAAAGAGCCUUAUGCCGGCUGCAUGCGUGGAUUACGAGCGGAUGAACGGCGUGGAGACGGGACGCUCCGAGCAGAGCUGCUGUGGCGCGAGCAUCGAGCUGGCAAACCUCAGAGAAACCGUGAACCGACAGGAAGCCCAAGUGCAGCUCUUACAGAAACAGUUCAACGAUCAGCUGAAGGAGAACGAGAGACUGUGGAGAGCCAUUCAGAGCCUCAGAGCAGAUGCUGGACUCCAGGACAUCAGUCAAAACCACCGCUCUGCCCUUCAGGAGAAGUGAGAGAUCAGUCAGACUAACCUGUUAAUACUGCUUACAGUGAGUGUGCUCAGUGCUAAAUCCAGACAGAUUGAGGGGGUUUCGCCAAAAUCAUUAGUGCCUUUUCAUAACCAAAGACUGUGUGAGUUCUUUCAUGCUGCUAAUGUCAAGCCAAAGCGCUCCGUAUCUUUUAGUGCUGUGUGUAUGGACAUAAACAGUGAGUGUUUUAUCUGGGAACAACAUUGCAUAACGUCAGUUUAAUCACGAGACAAUCCCUCCAGAACGAAUGUAAGAAAAGUGUCAUAAACAGUUCACUUCAGUCCUCAUGGGUUUAACGCUUUCAUAUUCAACAUUCAGCACAAUAUGUGACCCUGGAGCACAAAACCAGUCAUAAGGGUCAAUUUUUCAAAUUUGUUAGGA